UGCCUGGUCAUGGAGGUGACUCCGGGCAUGGAUGGGCUGGCGGGAAUGUCGGAGACACUGGCAACCACAUGGAAUAUCUUCAUCUGGGUUCAUCUUUUUCUGAAUAACUGCCGAUCUGUCUGGUCAUGAGCGUCACUAGAGACAUAGCUGGCGAGGGAGAGACCGUCGGAGGCACUAAUGAUUUUCACUUUUUCUUCACUUCACUCACACAAACACUUGAUACUUGUACCCAUCUUACACUUGUUGUACCCAUGCUAACAACCGUGCCGUUUAAUCCCGAGACGUACAGCACAGACUUCGACGUUCCCGACCGUCUCUACUUUGAAGAGCUCAGCUACGAACGUGUCAUGGAUAUCUACGAAAUGGAAUGUGCUUCCGGCGUUGUGGUCUCUGUGGGCGGCCAGCUGCCACAGAACAUUGCCCUCAAGCUCCAGGAAACUGGCAAGGCCAAGGUGCUUGGUACCAACCCCGAGGAUAUCGACAAGGCCGAAGACAGGCAGAAGUUCUCGCAAAUCUUGGAAUCUAUCGGAGUGGAUCAGCCUGCCUGGAAGGAACUCACCAACUACAACGAUGCCAAGGCAUUCGCUGAACAGGUUGGCUACCCGGUCCUUGUCCGUCCAUCUUACGUCCUUUCUGGUGCGGCCAUGACUGUUAUCCGCUCUGAAGAAGAGCUCGAGGAGAAGCUUCUUGCGGCCAGCCAAGUCAGCGGUGACCACCCAGUUGUUAUCACCAAGUUCAUUGAGGGCGCUCAGGAAAUCGACUGCGAUGGUGUGGCACACGAUGGAAAGUUACUCGUUCACGCGGUGUCUGAGCACGUCGAGAACGCUGGUGUCCACUCUGGUGACGCUUCUUUGAUCCUUCCUCCUGCCAACCUGCCAAAGCGCACUAUCGAGCGUGUCAAGGAGAUCGCUCAAAAGGUCGCCAAGGCUUGGUCGAUUACUGGUCCUUUCAACAUGCAAAUCAUCUCUGCUGCGAACCCAGAGGGUGGUGAGCCACUCCUCAAGGUCAUCGAGUGCAACCUGCGUGCCUCUCGUUCCUUCCCAUUCGUCAGCAAGGUCCUCGGAACCAACUUCAUUGAUGUCGCCACUCGUGCCCUUCUCGGCAAGGAUGUUCCAGAGCCCGUCGAUCUCAUGGAGGUCCAGCGCGACUACCUCGCCGUCAAGGUUCCUCAAUUCGCUUGGACUCGUCUCGCUGGUGCUGACCCAUACCUUGGCGUCGAGAUGUCUUCCACUGGUGAGAUGGCUUGCUUCGGUACUGAUCUCGUUGAGGCCUACUGGACUGCUGUACAAAGUAUGAUGAACUUCCGUGUUCCUCAACCUGGUGAGGGUCUCCUCUUCGGUGGUGACACUCAAACCGAAGACCUCGGCAAGAUUGUCGACUACCUCAACCCUCUCGGCUACAAGCUCUACGCUGCCAACCACGAAAUCAAGAAGCACCUUGAGAGCACUUCCAAGGAUGGAUCUGUCAAUGUCGAAGUCAUUGAGUUCCCCAAGGACAACAAGCAGGAACUUCGACAGGUCUUUGAGAAGUAUGAUAUUCGUGGUGUUUUCAACUUGGCCAAGAGGAGGGCUAGCAGUAUGACCGAUGAGGAUUAUGUCAUGCGUCGCAAUGCUGUGGACUUUGGUCAUCCGCUUUUCAUGGAGCCAAGGACUGCCGUUUUGUUUGCGCAGUGUAUGAGUGAGAAGUUGCCAAAGAAGGAAGGUAUUCCCAAGGAGGUGAGGAGGUGGAGUGAUUUCAUUGGUGGAAAGCCUUUGUAGAGUAUGGUGGACGUGGACUACGGUCUUGGUGGAAACAGCGAUGAUUUGGAGAUCUCGCAGGGUAGAAUGUCGUGAUAUGGAAAUGCAAAUGCGAAUUGCUGAUUUCAAAGAGACUACAAUUGUCUGAGGUUCUCAGUUCAUGCGGAUGUGAUGGUUUUCAUUCACCGACCCCCGGUAGGGCUUUCUUUGCCUAGAGCGUCGCGUUGGGAAUGAGGUUAACAGCCAAUGCCAACAGUACAUCGCUGUUGGUGUUCUGGUAUAUCGUGUCUGAACCCCACUCCAGCGCGUGGGGCGCAGUUUGCAGCUUCACAAGCAGAAUAAUGCGAGCCCCAAGGAGAGGGGUAAAGACUGACUAGGGAGAGAAAACCCCAACACGCACUUUGACGAGACUUCGGAAUGAAGUUUGAUCGAUCUCGCUACUACAAGAAAAGCAAUUGUUAUGCAGACACGAAUAUAUUCUCGCGAGCAGGACGGCAACGUGAGACGGGGGUGGCAUUUCACGCACCAAGAUCAAGACCUCCCGGAGAAGACCCAAAACUGCUAUUGCAAGAAUAUACUGCUGCUGGUCGAAUACGCAACG